AUGUACGUGGGCGAGAUCAAGAAGGGCGAAGUAGAGCCUCAGAUUCGGCCGCAGAUCGUGAACGAGACGCCCGCGAUUGCCUGCGUGGAUGGACGCAACGGCCUCGGGAUGGUCGUGGGGCGCUACUGCAUGGAGCUCGCCAUCAAGAAGGCCAAGGAGCUGGGCAUCGGGUGGGUCGUUGCGCGCGGAUCGAAUCACUACGACAUCGCGGGCUACUACGCCAUGAUGGCCCUCGAGGAGUCGCUGGUCGGCAUGUCCUACACCAACACCAGCCCCAUCGCCUUCCCCACCCGCGCCGCCCAGCACGUCCUCGGCACCAACCCCAUCGCCGUUGCCGCGCCCUCGACCGACCCUCAAGAUCCGUUCGUGCUCGACAUGGCGACGACCACCGUAGCGCUGGGCAAGGUCGAGAUACGCGAUCGCGAGGAGCGCCAAUGCCCAGCCGGGUGGGGAGCCGAUAAGGCCGGGCAUCCGACGAACGACCCCAAGGACGUGUUGGGCGGCGGUGGCCUGCUGUAUCUGGGCGGCGAGGAGGAGACCGGCGGUUACAAGGGCUACGGUGCCGACUACGGAGCCAACAUCCCGCCCUGGCGCCAAGGCCGCGGAAGGGCGGCCAAUCUGGGCCAGUGCUUCGUGGCGAUCAACCCAGCGCUCUUCUGCGGCGGAUUCCCCGAGCGAAUGGGCGACCUCAUGCAGCAGAUGCGGUCCCUCCCGCCCGUCGACCCCGACCUGCCCGUCCUCGUACCCGGAGAUCCGGAGAAGACGACGGAGGAGGCGUACACGAAGGAGGGGAUUGCGUUCCACGUCAAUCUGGUCAAUGCGCUGCAGAGCCUGGCGGUCGAGCUCAACGUCGACCCGCUCGUGCUCAAGCAGUCACCGUAG